AUGGAAGGGAGAAACAAGACGCCGGUGCAGGUAACCACGAUCACACUUUGUGGAGCCACUUGGAGACCCAGGCUGAGCGUCUCUCGUUCCGGAACGCCCACUAGCAACGCCAAAAACAAGAUGGCAAACGUGUUCACCCGCCGGAGUCGGCUUCCCCGCAACAUCACCUUCACAGACCACGGGCCGGUCAACACCCAGCCCCGCCUCAUCCCCAGGAAACUCUCCCCGACACGCCUGCACAACCCCCAGCCUGUGGGACUGGUGUAUCAGAGCCCCUACAACAGGGACAACCAGACAUUUGGCAUCUGGGAACCGGACCUACCGCUGUGCAGAAGCCGUUUCCCUGACAUGUUCAGACAUCUAGGUCUGACGAAUUUUUCCACUGGACGCUGCCACACUUUCACUGUGCCCAAGUUUGAAAAAGGCGGAGCUCCGGACAUCAAUCACUCCCUUGACUCCACAUACCGGCAGAAGUUCCAGUGGCCGCGCACGCCCGAUCCCAGGUUCAGGGCCGGGGAGAAGACAACCCGCUUCGGAAACAGACCCGACGACGGCCCGGCCAGAGGUGUAGUUCCCAGGAUGGGUUUGCCGCCCAUCGCCACCAAGAUCACGUUACAGAGUCGGCCUCCUUCCAGAGUCUCCUCCCGGGCAGGCGCCACGUCUCCCAAGAAAUGCCCGAAGUCCCCAACAAAAGCCCCGCCAUCUUCAAGGAAGGCAUCCACAGAAGAUACCACAGUGCAGUAA